AUGGGGUGGGGACAGGGAGAAUUUGUCCCUUUCUCUCUGGGUGCUGCAGAAAAAGUGAUGGCCCAGAUCCAAGCUCACCCACCAGCACCCACCCUGUACCACCAGCUGAUGCUCUCCUGCGAGGUGAAGGGGGACCCCAGCCCCCAGGAGUUCCUGUGGGAGAAGGAAGGAAGCCACAAGCCCCUGCAGAAAGGUCCUGACAACAUCCUCCUCUUCCCCUUCUUCAACAAGACCCACUUGGGCACCUACAUCUGCAGAGCCACCAGCUCCCUGGGCACCGCCGUGGCCAAGUACAACCUGUGGAUAGAAGACCUGAUAUAUAAAGUGUUCGUGUUUCCUCAAGAAACCAAACACUCCCACGUGCUGGUGAAGGCCAAGCUGGAGCAACCUCUGCAGAACUUCACCGUGUGCUUGAGGUCCUACACUGACCUGACCCGACCCUACAGCCUCUUCUCCUACACCACCAAAGCACAGGACAAUGAGAUCCUCCUCUUCAAGCCCAACCCCAGCGAGUACCGGUUCUAUGUGGGGGGCAAAUUUGUGUCCUUCAGCAUCCCCAAGAACAUCAUGGAGAGCGAGCACGUCUGUGCCAGUUGGGAGUCCACCACGGGCAUCGUGGGGUUUUGGUUCAAUGGGAACCCCUGGCCCCGUAAGGGUCUCCAGAAGGGUUACACGGUGGGGGAGAAAGCAUCCAUCGUGCUGGGGCAGGAGCAGGAUUCCUUCGGGGGUGGCUUUGACACCCAGCAAUCCUUCGUGGGGGAGAUCUCAUCCGUGUACAUGUGGGACAUGGGGACCUCCACCUCAAUGGUGAGGGGGGCCAUGGAUGACCAAUUCGCUGAUGCUCCCAUCUUCGGCUGGAGAAACUUCCCCUAUGAGGUCGUGGGUGAGGUGUACCUGAAAUCCUGA